UUUCGGUUUGAUGUUCCUCUUUGUGUUCGUGUGACGGCAUAGUCCCGAUCGCACGAGGUCCGAAUUGGAGUCCACGAAGUUGAAUAUGAAUCACUUAUUACUGUGAUAAUUGAUAUUUGUAAAUAAUGGAUAUCGGAAGAUUAAUUAAAAAGAAGAAACGGGUCAAGCGUGAUGGCAACCUUCAGCAAUUGGCUGAAAUUGUUAAAGAGCUUGGUGACGUAUACUUUGAAAGUGACAAGUAUGAAGAUGCUUUGCAGGAAUAUACAGAACAACUGGAAAUUUGCAAUAUCCUAGGAGAUAAAUUAAAUAUAGCGGUUGCUCAUAGAAUGAUUGGAGAAAUACAGGCAAAUCUUGGCAACUACGAGGAAGCAUUGAGCCACCAAAACCUUUACUUGGAAGGGGCCAAGGAGAUACAAAAUUUAUUAGAAGAACAACGAGCUUAUGCAACAUUAGGUAGAACAUAUUUUUGUUGGGCUGAAAGUCAACCUGAAGAAUCUGAAAGAAAACCUGAUGCUCUUAUAAGUGCAAGACAAGCGUACACGAAGAGUAUACGUCUUUGCAAUGAAUUGGGUGAUACUAACAUUGACCUAAAAGAAUUAAUGACAAUGAGGGCACGAUUGUUAUUGAAUUUGGGAUUAGUACUAGAAGCUGAAAAAAAGCAUCAAGAGGCUGUUGAUUUACUGGAAAAAGCUGCAGGUUUAUGUAAGACACACAAUUUACGGGAAGAUUUCUAUAGAACGCAAAUUGCUCUCGGAGGAAUUUACGAGCGAAAUCGCGAUUAUGAUCUGGCUUUAACACAUUUUGAAACUGCCGUUGAAGUUGAUAAUUCAUCUUUGAAAGCGGAAGCACGAUUUCUUCAAGCAGAAUUGCUUUUAAAAAUAGGAAAAUGGACCGAAUCACGAAAAAUAUUAGUGCUUCUUUACGUUACGGAAAACUUACCACAAAAUCUGAAGCAUCAAGUAGAAAAAUGUCUCAGGAUAGUUGCAACAUUACAAACAACUGAAGAAGCUUUAACUACAGAAAAAGAUACCAGCAUUAAGUUGAAAUAUUAUGAGACAUUAGGAGAUGCGGCAGUGGCUGCACACUGUUUUGAGGAAGCCAUAGAAUAUUACAGAAAGAUGCUCAUGUGUGCGGAAGAAAUAGAAAGCGAUCGCACAGGAGCAGCUUUAUUAAGUUUAGCCCAAACAUUGAAGGAUGUUGGACGAUAUAACGAAGCACUGGAUUUUGCUCGUAGAGAACUAGAACUAUGCACAAAUCCACGUGAAAUAUGUAGAUCUGCUUUGUUCUUAAUAGAUUUAUUGAUAACUAUUAAAGCAAACAACAAAGAGAUUGAAGAUAUUUAUAGUCUAGCCUCGAAAAAUGCAAAAGCUUGCAAUGAUAUUUCUUUAGAAACAAGUGUUUUAAGAGAAUACUUGAAUUAUCUAACAAAUACCAAUAGAACAGAAGAGAUAGGAUCACUUUCAGAAAAGUUAGAUACAUUGGAAAAAUUAUGUAAUGAUACAGAUAGCGAAAGCGAAUCAGAAGAAGACAAUAUUGGCGCAAACAUUUGCUUGGAAGAUUUGUCGGAUGUUGAAGCAGAAUUAAAAGUUAGAGAAAAUAUUAAAAAUAGAAAACGAACGAGAAAGACGUCGGUUGCUAUAAAAAGGAACGAAAAAGGAGAAACACAACUUCAUGUAGCUUGUAUACAUGGGAAUGUUGAAACCGUAGAAAAAUUAUUAGAAUCUGGUCAUUUAACGAAUGUUAGAGACCAUUUUGGCUGGACUCCUCUUCAUGAAGCAGCUAAUCAUGGUCAUGUCGAAAUUGCAAAGUUAUUAUUAAAAUAUGGUGCAGAUGUAAAUGAUCCUGGAAGUUUGAUGUGCCAAGGAGUUACUCCUCUUCAUGAUGCGGCUUCCUGCGGCAAUUUUACCAUGAUGAGAUUUUUAAUCGAACACGGAGCAAAUGUGGAACUUAAAACGAACGAUGAUGAUACUGCGCUAGAUUGUCUAAAACAAUGGAGGAAUCGUGUUGAUGUUUUAUCUUCUGAAGAUCAAAUGGAGUAUGAUGAAAUGCACAAAUUAUUGUCUGCUAUGAUACCAGCGAGUAAUAAGAAAAUUUCGAAACGAUCUCAUUCAUUAUCAUGCAAUCCAAAAACUCACAGCAUAGAUGAAAAUGUUGUUAUAGAAAAGAUCUCUGCAGGUGAAGAUUAUAAAAGAACUAUAGCUAGAUUGAAACAUAGGAACGAUCCAAUUGGAGCUUCUUUGUCCUCUGUGAAACGAAAUGUAAAUCCACUUUUGAAUAGCGAAGAGGUUCUUUUGGAUGAUUGGUUGGAAGAUGAUAUCAAUGAAAGUAUAAAUAAUAGAAGGUGCUCUGAUGAACAUUCCUCCUCAAUGACAAAGAGGAAAUCAAGUAAUGGAAAUGUCGAUGUUGAGAAAAAUUUAAAACGGCAAAAAAUGAAUGAUGAAGAUCAAGUAAUUGAAGAUAAUGAAUGUGAUGUAACAGAGGAGGAUAGUAAUGAUAGUUGCAGUAUUGAAAUAAGACGGAUUUCUAGUGAACGUAAGAUUCAGAAAAAAAAACAGCAAAUGUCGUUGUUAUCAAUUGGAUUUACUAAAGAUUCUACUUCUCGAAGUUCUUCACCUGUAAUUCCAUUUAACACAGGAUGUGAAUCAACAGAAAUCAAUACUAUGAGAUCAGUUAUUUUAAACAUCCUUAUAGAUGGAAAAAUGUUUAAAACCCAAAUAGAAUUUUCGAAUACAAUGAGACCACUGGUAAAAGAAAUUGUAGCUGAUAUUGAAACUAAAUUCUACAAUAAUACUGGAUGUAAAGUAAAACUAGAUCUAAAAACUAUGGAUGGAAUUGCGAUCAAUUGCAAUAACGUGUUCACGAUAUUAAGUGAAGGGGAUAUUGUUAAAAAUUUGACAUGCGAAAUAAUUGAGUUGGAAACUCCUUCUAUUGUCGAGCGAUAUGGUGCGAUUUGUAAAAAUUACAAUAUAGAUAUUCGAGAAUCCAUAUUAAAGUGUUUGAAAUCAUGUGAGAACACGUUUACUUUGCGAUUAAAACAAGAAGAUAUAAGAAAAGAAGAAUUUAUAUCUUUAUUGAAAACUCUAGAAUAUCAAAAGAAUGUUCAAAUAUUAGAUUUAUCCGGUGGUAAUUUAUAUGAACUUGGAAAAUCUUUAAAUGAUUGUAUUUUAAGAUUGUCAGCUUUGCAAGAAUUGUGCCUUCAAGGAUGUGAUAUAGAUUUUAAGUGUCUAAGUAAAUUAGAGAAACUACCUCCACAACUUAAGUUUCUUGAUCUCAGCUAUAAUCCUCUUGGAUCAUCAAGUCAAGAAAUCUUAUUCAAACUUUUCACCCCUUUAACACAGCUUCGGACAUUGAAUUUGCGAUAUUGUCAAUUAUCUAAUUUUCGUUUUCUUUUAAAUAACAAUAGUCUAGUAAAUUUAGAUAUUUCUUGGAACUGUUUCAGUGAAGAUGAAGUCUGUGCCACUUUACAAAGACAAUUACUUAAUUUGAAUUUAUCAAAUACUAUUUGUUCUAGGGAUUUUAAUUUGGUUAAAAAUAUUUUUAAUAAAACAGAUUUUUCAUUUGUUAAUUUAGAAUGUUUAGAGCUUGCUUCAUGCGAAUUAUCGGAUAUUGACAUUAGAAAUAUAUUGUCACGUGUAUCGAAUCUUUCGAAAUUGGUGCUUAAAGGAAAUAGAAAAGUGGGAGCACAAUCGCUAAAUUUAUUAUUGAAAUACACACCAACAUUAAGACAUAUCGAUGUUAGUGGAUGUGAGAAUAUUACUGAAUUUCCUGAUUCCGAAGUAUUUAUUGAAAAACCCGAGAUUUGUACAUUAAUCGUGAGUAUGUAUCCAGAAGUGUGUGACUGUUGGGUUCGUUUAUGGCGAGGGAAGGGUGUAGUGAAGAAACUGCCGCAUAAUCUUACUAUUUUUAAACCGGUACUUUAAUAUUUUUAUACAUAUAAUACUAUGUGUGCAUAGAAUUGAAAAGAAUUACAAAUUACAGAAAGCAUUCAUUUACUUCAAAACAUAUUUCAUCAUUUUCUUUAAUUUGUAGUAGCCUAAAAAAUAUAUUUUUAUACAAACUAUCUUUUGUAAAUAGUAAAUUAUCUAAAUAUGUCCAUAUUAGAUUUCUAUAGAUAUUUCCUAAAAAGACAAAUUUGAAAUACCGGAAGUGUAGUAUAUUUUACUGCACUUCCUGUCAUUAAUGUGAAUGGGAACAUUUAAUAAAGUCCAAUUCAAUGUAUAUCUGUCAUCAAAUUUUAGUUAUUUUAUACUUUACAGUAACCUUUCCUUCAAACUGGUGUUCAAUCGAAUCACAGAAGUUAUAAAAAAUGCAUGUAGUUAAAUAAAGGUAAUAUUUAAGUAACAUGCUAAAAAUGUUCUAUAACAGAAAAUAUUGUAAUAUACAUUGUAAAUAUUUUUAACAGGCAAUAAACUUUGUUUACCUUU